AAAUUAAUUUGUAAUUUAUAUUUUCAAUUAAUUUGCCCAUAUAGCAAUUACUGGAACAUUAAGUACGCUAAUGUGACCUACAAGAGCUCCGAUACGGCCACUCCCGAUGUCUAUGAUAUGCUGACCGCCGGCGACAUUACCGCUGAAUACAAUUUUGGUUUUAGUUGUACUAAAUUGACGAUACAAUCGCCCAGUUUAGACGAUAAGGGAGCUAAGGUUGAAAAGCGUAUAGCGUUAACAUUUUCCCGAUUUCAAUUGCAACCAUUCCUAUCGAAGAAAAUAUUUACCGAGUCGUUCAACUGCGAGACCUGGAUGACCAUGCCACUAUGGAUGGGCCUGUUGACAUUGAUCAUGCUGUUCACCAUAUUGUUUGUUGGCGUGUACUUUGUGUCCAUUGUGAACACUCCGGAUCGGUUUGAGAAUCCCAAGAGUAAACCGCUGAUGAUCAACACGUCCGAAGAUUAGUGGUCUGCGCGGACACAUAUAUCGGGAGUUGAUUGUAGUGAUUUUAUUUCAAAUUGUUUACCGAUAUUGUUUAUUUAAAUUAUUAUUAUUUUUACCCCAAACUGUAGUGAAUUUAAUAGUAAACAGUGUUUUUAUGCUCACAAUUAAUCGGAUUAUUAUUUUAAUUAAUUAUAAUUGAAUUGAAUUUUAAUUUAACGCAGUCUGUGAUCUCAUACAAUCAUAUACUAUGAUUAUUUAAACGUGUUUAAUCAAGUGCUACUAAUUAUAUACACCCUCACCCCUCUCAUGCGCUCGUAUGUGCUCGGAGUUGGCGGGGGUUAAGUCCCAUAUAAACA